UUGCCGGGCUCCGCCUCGCCGGUCCGGUCCCGAAAGGGGAGAGAGGCAGCCGCGUCCUCGCUUGUUUCUUCUCCUCGGGGUCUUGGCAGGUUCCCCCGGGCCGGGCUCUGCUCGCUGUCUCCGCCCUCAGCCCCGCGGCCGGGCCUGGAGGGGUCUCCUCAGGAGCCGUCUCCUCAGGAGCUCUCCCCGCCUGUCCCCGGCCUCUCCCCGGCUUCCUCAGGGAUCUCUGGGGCCGCCUCAGGCAAGAGCAAGAGUGUAAUUAUGGAACAGAGAUCCAGAAAAUGACAGAAAAGCAUUAGUUGCUCUCUUCUAGGACAGUCAUGUUGGAAGGAUUGGUAGCCUGGGUCCUCAACACCUAUUUGGGCAAAUAUGUCAAUAACCUGAACACUGACCAACUUUCAGUUGCUCUUCUAAAGGGUGCUGUUGAAUUGGAAAACUUGCCACUAAAGAAAGAUGCCUUGAAGGAACUGGAAUUACCAUUUGAAGUAAAGGCAGGUUUCAUUGGCAAAAUAACACUGCAGAUCCCUUUUUAUCGCCCACAUGUGGAUCCAUGGGUGAUAUCUGUCUCAAAACUGCACGUAAUUGGUGCACUGGAGAAAAAAGAAGAUUUUGAUGAGGAAAGGGAGAAGUUGAAAGAAAGAGAACACAAGAAAGCCCUUCUUCUAGCACUUGAAGAAAAAUGGAAGAAAGAACGACAACAGAAAGGGGAAUCUUACUGGUACUCAGUUACUGCAUCUGUGGUCACAAGAAUUGUAGAAAACAUUGAAUUAAAAAUCCAAGAUGUCCAUUUGAGGUUUGAGGAUGGUGUCACAAAUCCCUUGCAGCCAUUUGCUUUUGGCGUAUGCAUCAAAAAUGUAUCCAUGCAAAAUGCAGUGUUUGAACCAGUUGAGAAGCGGAUGAGGAAAAAGCAGCUGGAUGUUGCUGACUUCAGUGUUUAUUGGGAUACCAACUGCACCUUGUUGGGUGACCUGCCUCCUGGCCAGCUACAGGAAGCGAUGGAUAAAAGUAUGGAAAGUCGUGACCACAAUUACAUCAUGGAACCUGUUUGCACUUCUGCUCUUCUGAAGAGAAAUUGUUCUAAGAAGCCCUUGAGGUCACGCCAGAGUCCACGACUUGAGUGUGAUAUUCAGUUUGAGACUAUACCCUUGAAGCUUUCACAGAUGCAGUACCAGCAGAUCAUGGGAUUUUUAAAGGAAUUGGCUAGAAAGGAACGACAGCUGAAAUUCAGGAAGUGGAGACCAAAGGUUACAGUAACAGAGAACUGCAGGGAGUGGUGGAUCUUUGCUCUGAAUGCCAACAUUGCAGAGAUCAGGGAGCAGAGACAACGCUCCUCCUGGGGCUUUGCCUUGCAUCGGGCCCGAGAUGCAGUCUCUUACACUGACAUGUAUUACAGCAAGCUGAAAGGGGAGCCACUGUCUACUACAGAGCAGGCAGAAAUGGAUCGUAUAGAGGAUGAGCAAACCUAUGAAGAGUUGAAGAUACUGUGUGAGAUUGUUCAUGACAACUUUCAUGACAUAGCUGAGAGUGUUAAAGAGCCUUUUCCUGAUUCCCAUGGGGGUUCCCCUACUGGAGAAUCUGCACAUGGAAGUGGCACUGGAAUGCUGCAGUAUCUCCAGUCCUGGUUUCCUGGUUGGGGAGGUUGGUAUGGAUAUGCUCAGCAAACAUAUGAAGGUGAACCUUUUGAAGGGCUGCUGCCAGACCCAAAGGAGCAGUGGAAUCCAGAAGAUAUCCUAGGUGCAGAUGAUUUUUUUGAUCCUGCUGCAGAUGCUUCUAGCAUGAAUACCUUUACAAAGAGAGAUCAUGUUUUUGCUAAAUUAAAUCUACAGUUGCAGGGUGGCUCUUUCACUCUGUUGCAUAAGAAGAAGAAAGUGGUGCAUGCUGAGGAGACUGCUUUUAUGCAGCUGGAGUUUUCAGGUGUAAAGAUCUUAGCAGAAUCCCUUCCUCGCAGGAAUUCUUCCCUUCUCAAAGUCCAGCUUGGUGGUCUUUUUCUGAGAGAUUUGGCAACAGAAGGAACUAUAUUUCCUGUUCUGGUUUUCCCAAAUCCUCAAAAGGAGGUUGGCUGCAUGUCUUCCAUUGGACUCCAGAGUUUCUGCUCAGAAAUGACUAAUCAGCACUCUGCUGCAGAUCCUGAUGCCCCAGUUUUUGAGAUGCUUUAUGAAAGAAACCCAAUCCACAGCAACUUUGAGAGGCGCCUGGAAGUCAGUACCAGACCUCUAAAUAUUAUUUACAAUCCACAAGCCAUCAAGAAAGUAGCUGACUUCUUCUACAAGGGAAGGGUUCAUACCUCAGGUUUUGGAUAUCAGUCUGAGUUAGAGGCGAGGGUGGCUGAAGCUGCCAGGAGACAGUACAACAAGCUGAAAAUGCAGACAAAAGCUGAAAUCAGGCAAACUAUUGAUCGUUUGCUAGUAGGAGACUUCAUUGAAAACAGCAAAAGCUGGACUGUGUGCCUUGAUAUUUCUGCCCCUCAAGUGAUCUUUCCUGAUGAUUUCAAAUUUGUGGAUCCUGUGUUAGUUGUUGUAGAUCUGGGAAGAAUAUUACUCACCAAUUCUCAAGAAGACUCUAAAAGGAGUGCAGAUACUUUUUCUUCAGAUACCAAUGAGCUGAGUGAUGAAGAAUAUAAAACACCACUUGCAACUCCUCCCAAUACUCCACCACCAGAAUCUGACACUAACAGUGGCAUCAAAAUGUCUGAAAUCACCGGAGUAGAAAUCAGUGAGGAGCAGCUGCAAGCACACUUAAUGAGUAAAAAAAUGUAUGAGAGAUACACCCUUUCAUUUAUGGACCUGCAGAUCAUGGUGGGGCGAGUGAAGGACAACUGGAAACAUGUUCAGGACAGUGAUGUGGGUCCCACUCACGUGGUAGAAAAAUUCAAUGUCCACCUGCAGCUGGAACGCAGGCUGAUUUACACCUCUGACCCUAAAUACCCAGGAGCUGUUCUGUCUGGCACCCUGCCAGACUUGAAAAUUCACAUUAAUGAGGACAAAAUCCUGGCUCUGAAGAACUGUUGUUCACAGCUGAGUAAAUCUGAAACCAAGUCUUCUGAUGCCCUGCAUCUAGGGAAAGACAAAAUCUUUGCAGAGGUUGACCAGCUUGGCAGUUUGCAUGAUUCUGUAAUGAAUCUGACACAGAGUGUUGUCAUGCUGGAGCAGCACACCAGGGAAGUCCUUGUGGAAUCUCAGCUGCUUUUGGCUGAGUUCAAAGUCAACUGCAUGCAGUUGGGUGUUGAGAGCAACGGGAGAUACAUCUCUGUGCUCAAAGUUUUUGGCACUGAUGCUCAUUUUGUGAAAAGGCCAUAUGAUGCAGAAGUGUCCCUGACUGUCCAUGGCCUGUUGCUUGUUGAUACUAUGCAAACAUAUGGAACAGAUUUUGAUCUUUUGAUGGCUUCUCAUAAGAAUCUGAGUUUUGAUGUGCCAACGGGAAGUCUGCGAGACAGCAGGGCUCAGUCUCCAGUGUAUGGACCACAGGAUGCACGUCCUGUGGAUGUAGGAAGUUCAGCAGAGAGAAGCACUGCAGCCUCAAAUACUUCAUCUGGUAACAAUGGGAAAGAUCAAGAGUCCCUGAUAAGAUUAGAGUAUCAGUUUGUGAGUGCAGAGUGCCCAUCCAUGAAUUUGGAUAGCAGUCUGCAAGUGAUCUCUGUGCAGGUGAACAACCUGGAUAUCAUCCUUAAUCCAGAGACUAUAGUGGAACUGAUUGGGUUUCUCCAGAAAUCUUUCCCAAAGGAGAAGGAAGAUUCCAGUCCUCAGCCUUUGGUAACUGACUUGGAAAGAGAUUGGAGGGAACAGGAAACCUUCCAGUCUACCUAUGCACAGAACACAGAGGUAGCAGUUGAUAUUCACUGGCUAAAUGUACUCCUUCUCAGGACAGUUGGCAUGACAAAUGGAGAGAAAUAUGGCAGAAAAAUUGCAACAGCCAGUAUUGGUGGCACCAAGGUCAAUGUCUCCAUGUGUGGUAAAUUUGAUGUAAAUGGUUCUCUGGGAUGCCUUCACCUUAUGGAUCUAACACAAGACAGUGUUAAGAACCAGUAUGUUGUCAGCAUAGGGAACACUGUAAGGUAUGAAAAUCUUAUUGGAGAUGUAGAUUAUUUUGAGUCUUUGUUCUUUAGGCUUGAUGAUGGGAAUAGUCUUCCAGAUGCCCUAAGUUUCACUUUGACAGAAAAGUCAAAAGAGGAGUGUUCUCUCAACCUCAAAAUGGCCUCCUUGCACUACAACCACUCAGCUAAAUUUUUGAAGGAACUGACUCUGUCAAUGGAUGAACUGGAAGAGAAUUUCCGCAGCAUGCUGAAAAGUGCAGCUUCCAAAGUUACCACAGUCCUGGCAACUAAAACUGCUGAAUACAGUGAAAUGGUUUCUCUGUUUGAUACAACACCACGAUCAAGAGAUGUUGCCAACCUAGAAGAUAAUGAAGGAUAUGCAUUUGGAGCACAGCCACUCAAAACUGAUACUAUUAAGCUUAUAUUAAAUGUAAACAUUGAAUCCCCAAUUGUCUCAAUACCUCGAAAGCCUGGUAGCUCUGAACUGCUUGUAGGUCAUUUGGGACAAAUAUGUAUUCAGAAUUUUGUACCAGGAGAAGAUGAAUCUAAAAAUGAUAGACUGCAAGUUGAAAUUAAAGAUAUUAAAAUGUAUUCUUUGAAUAGUAGUCAAUUUACAAGCAAGAAGGAGCCUGCAAGUGAAGUGUCUCAUGGGCUGCAUUCUUCCUCAGGUCCUGGCAGUGUUAAUAGUCAGGAAGAAUCCCAUUUUACUCGUCAUGACUUCUUUGAAUCAUUACAUAAAGGUCAUGCAUUCCACAUCCUGAAUAACACCACCAUUCAGUUUAAAUUGGAGAAGAUACAACUGGAGAGAGAUUUGGAUUUAACUUUUCCUCUGAGUAGUGAAGACUUUGGAAUAUCAAGCAUUAUGAAGAUUGAAGGGAAAUUUGUGAACCCUCUUCAGGUGGUGUUAGCAAAACACGUGUAUGAACAAGUCCUUCAGACUCUGGAUAAUUUAAUUUACAGUGAAGACUUGAACAAAUUUCCAGCCACCUCUGUAUCUUCAACUUGUCCCAGUUCUCCUUCAGCAUCACUUCAUAGCACAGGCACAGACUUCUCAAGUGAACGGAAGGAAAAUGGCUUGUUCAGCCAUUCCACUUUCAGUUCUGUUCCAAACAAGUCCUUAGCUAUCAGGGAAACAAAGUCUUUUUCUCAGAUUCAGGCAAACUUCCAUAUCUCAGAGCUCCAGGUUCAGUUAAGUGGUGAUCUUACACUUGGUGCACAGGGCCUUGUCAGCCUUAAGUUCCAGGAUUUUGAUGUGGAGUUUGCUAAAGAUCAUCCUCAGACUUUGUCUAUUCAGAUUGCACUGCGCUCUCUGCUGAUGGAAGAUCUCCUGGUAAAAAACCCAGACUCCAUGUAUAAAAACCUCAUGGUGUCCCACGGAGCACCCAAGCCAUCCAGUUUAGCACAUAAGGAAUAUCUCUCACAGUCCUGUCCCUCAGUCUCCAAUGCUGAGUAUCCUGAUAUGCCACGAUCUCUUCCUUCCCACAUGGAAGAAGCCCCCAAUGUAUUUCAGCUGUACCAAAGACCAGUUUGUGCCUCCCGUAAGAAGCAGAAAGAAGAUGCUGACUCUGAGUAUCCUCUGACUCCACCUCCUUCUCCAACAGCAGACAGAUCCAAGUUGCCCUGUGGAAAAAGUAACUUUGAUGAUUCCUUAGUUCACAUCAAUAUAUUCCUAGUGGACAGGAAACAUCCUGAAUUUUCUUCACACUAUAAGAACAUUAACCGUAGUGUGGAUGUUGAUUUUAAUUGCCUAGAUGUCUUAAUAACUUUGCAAACUUGGGUGGUGAUACUGGAUUUCUUUGGGAUUGGAUCCACUGCUGAUAACCAUGCUAUGAAGCUGCAGCCUGAAGAUACUCAGCAGACAAUCAAAUCAGAAAUAAAUACCUUGUCAGCUUCUCAAGCCCAAGAACCUGUAAACACCAAGCUGGAUCUGAAGGUCCAUUCUUUAUCAUUGGUACUGAACAAGACAACUAGUGAGCUCGCUAAGGCCAGUGUGUCAAAGCUUGCAGCUCACUUGGAAGUGAUUGAGGGAGAUUUAGUUCUGCAAGGAAGCAUUGGAAGUCUGUCCUUAAGUGAUCUUACAGCUCAUGGAGAAUUUUACAGAGAACGUUUCACUACAAGUGGGGAAGAAGCACUCAUUUUCCAGAUCUACAAAUAUGGGAGGCCAGACCCCUUGCUGCAGAGGGAGUGUGAUGCUCGGGUCACUCUCCGGAUGGCGUCUGUUCAGUAUGUGCACACUCAGAGGUUCCAGGCAGAGGUGGUGUCUUUCAUCCAACAUUUUACUCAGCUUCAGGAUGUCUUGGGUCGGCAGAGAGCAGCAAUUGAAGGACAAACAGUCAGAGAUAAAGCACAGCGAGCUUCCCGAGUUCUCCUGGAUAUUGAGGCUGGUGCUCCUGUUCUGCUGAUACCUGAAAGCUCCAAAUCCAAUAGUCUGAUUGUAGCCAACCUUGGAAAACUGAAAGUCAAGAACAGAUUCCUGUUUGCGGGUAUGCCUGGUACUUUUUCAUUAAAGAACAAGGAUCUGAUUUUACAAGGCAAUGCAUACAAGGAUCCAGUUUUAUUUGAGGAUUCUGUUCAAUUUGCAUCUCCUUUGGGAACUCCAAAACAUGGCAUGAAGAAAACAAGUGCUGAGGAAUCAAAAGCAGUCAUGGAAGGUUUGUUCAUGAAAAAAUCAUCAGGAACAAACAUUUCUAGGCUGAAGAAUGAGCCCGUGAACACACUGAGUAAACAACAAGGGCAACAACCAAAGCUGCCUGUUGUACCAAAUCCUGACAGCCCAGAGGACCACAUCUGCCUCUUAGACUGCAUUGUAGUUGAUCUGCAAGACAUGGACAUCUUUGCUGCAGAAAGGUAUCCAAGAGAGUAUUCGAAGGCUGUGGAAGACACAAGUGCAGACUUGAGCUUUCCAUCCUACUUUGUGAGGCAGACAGGAGGCAGCCUGUUAGCAGAACCUUUCAGGCUGAAGUUACAAGUAGAGAGGAACUUGGACAAAGAGCUAAGUCAUGCAGUUGCAGAUAUAUCAAUCCAUGGCAAUCUGUCAUCAGUCCAUUGCUCUCUGGAUUUGAACAAAUAUAAACUGAUCCGUGGGCUGCUGGAGAACAACCUGGGGGAGCCUAUAGAGGAGUUCAUGAGGCCUUAUGACUUGCAGGAUCCCAGGAUUCAUACAGUUUUGAGUGGAGAAGUGUAUACUUCCAUGUCAUUCCUCAUUGACAUGGUUAAUGUGAGUCUGGAACUGAUGGACCCAAAAGGAAAAGAUGGAUGCAGCUCUUUAGCCAGGUUUGAUUUUAAGAAAUCAAAGUUGCUUUUUGAAAGCUCUUCUAAUGGGACCAAAUCUGUAAAUUUGGUUUCUCAUUCCAUGAUGGCAUUUGACACACGUUAUGCAGGACAGAAGUCUGCUGCAGGCAUGCCAAAUGUCUUCAACUGCAUCUUUCAGUCAUCAAAGAACACCAGUAGUCCAGGAGCAAUCCAGAUUGAAUUACACUUCAGGUCUACUAAGGAUUCCUCCAGUUUCACAGUUGUCCUGAACAACCUUCGUGUAUUUCUGAUAUUUGACUGGUUGUUACUUGUUCAUGACUUUUUAUCUACUCCUGGGGAUACCAAGAAGAGGGAAAAUCCCCACUCCUCCCGGCAGCGCCCUCAGGGCAGUGAGACAGCUGUGGUUCCCAAAGCAGUGAAAAGUGGAGUGGUUACCAAACGUUCCUCACUCCCUGUGUCUGCAGAAAAACAACUGGAAGUCAAGGUUAAUGUGACAGGAACUGAAUUUGUGGUCGUGGAGGACAUGUCUUGUUCUGAUACCAAUGCAAUCAUUCUGAAGGGCACUACAGUUCUCACUUACAAGCCCAAGCUGUUGGACCGUCCUUUCUCUGGUAGUUUGUUUGGCAUUGAGGUUUUUUCGUGCCGGUUGGGGAAGGAGCAAGAGACUGCACUGUCAAUUAUUGACCCAGUACAAAUUCAGGUGGAACUUGUUGGGAAUGCUUCCUACUCAAGUGGUUCAGGACUGUUGGAUGCUUUCAAUAGUGAAGAUUUUCCUCCUAUUCUAGAGAUUCAGUUGCAAGCUCUGGAUAUCAGACUGUCAUACAAUGAUGUUCAACUGUUCUUGGCAAUUGCUAAGUCCAUUCCUCAGCAGACCAGUGCAGCUAUGCCUGACUCAACUCUCUCUGUUGCUGAAAACACUGCUAGUCCUCCCAGUUUAACAGUGGUGACUGAGACUUCCUCUUUGACACAUGAAACCAGAGAGAUAGCCAAACGUGUGUUGGAUCCUGUUCUUGAGGUGCAGCUGGCUCGCCUCCAGGAGCUGGGGUUCAGUAUGGAAGACUGUCAUAAAGCUCUUCUGAUCUGCCAAGGUGACUUGAAAAAAGCAGCAAGUUGGUUAUUUAAGAAUGCUGAACCUUUGAAAUCAGCUUCCCUGACCUCUUCUGGUCGAGACAGCCAGGGGAUUGUGCCUUUUCAGUUCAUCUCUGGAGUGGAAAUUAAAGCAGAAAGUGUCUGCAUUUGCUUUAUUGAUGACUGCAUGGACUGUGAUGUUCCUCUUGCUGAGUUAACCUUUUCACGUUUGAAUUUUCUCCAACAUUUGAGAGCCAGCCCUGAAGGCUAUGCUCAUUUUACCCUCUCUGGAGAUUAUUACAAUCGUGAGCUUUCAGGCUGGGAGCCAUUUAUUGAGCCGUGGCCCUGCUCAGUCUCCUGGCAACAACAAGCUGCCAGCCGGCUCCACCCCUCCCGGCUGAAGCUGGAAGUCAAGGCUAAACACCGUUUGGAUAUAAACAUUACCUCUGUCCUCUUAGAACAAUACUCAUGUACCAAACAGUCAUGGAUGGAAGAUUACUGUAAGCAGGAGGAAGAAGUGAGUGUGGUCAGCUCAGAAGACUGGAUGGGUUCUUCGGUGGAUCCCCCAUGUUUUGGGCAGAGCCUUCCUCUUGUCUACCUUAGAACUAGGAGUACAGCCAGUUUGACUAACCUAGAGCAUCAGAUCUAUGCUAGAGCUGAAAUGAAGACUCCAAAACGCAGGCAGCCAUUUGUGCCAUUUGCCCUUAGAAAUCACACUGGAUGCACACUGUGGUUUGCUACCCUGACCACAACACCCACCAGGGCUGCACUGUCUCACAGUGGGAGUCCAGGUGUUGUUCCUGAGGAAAAUGGGACAUUGCUGGAUGAUGCCCAUAAUGUCAGUGAGUGGCAAGAAGUUAUCACAGGGGAAGAGGUUCCAUUUGAAUUUGAAGCCAGAGGGAAGCUCAGACACAGGCACACACAUGAUCUGAGAAUUCAUCAACUGCAAGUGAGAGUAAAUGGCUGGGAAGAAGUCAGUCCAGUUUCUGUAGACAAAGUUGGAACAUUUUUCCGAUAUGCUGCACCAGACAAGAACUCAUCCUCUUCCACUCUUGGAAGCCCAAUAAGCAGAACAAAUAUAAUACAUCCACAAGUCUAUUUUUCUUCAUUGCCUCCAGUUCGUGUGGUGUUUGAAGUGACCAUGGAAGGCAGCGCUCGGAAGGUGAUAACGGUGCGCUCAGCCUUGAUUGUGAGGAACAAGCUGGAAACACCCAUGGAAUUGAGGCUGGACAGUCCUUCUGCUCCUGACAAACCUGUAGUUCUUCCAGCAGUUAUGCCAGGAGAUUCCUUUGCUAUUCCAUUGCAUCUUACCUCUUGGCGUUUGCAAGCCAGGCCGAAAGGAAUGGGGGUCUUUUUCUGUAAGGCUCCAAUUCAUUGGACAAAUGUCCAGAAGACAGCAGAAGUUUGUAGCAGCAAGCGAGAGUGUCAUUCAAUGGAGUCUGAAAACAGCAGAUUUUUCAGGUUUUGCGUGGCUAUAAAGAAAGAAAAUUACCCGGAUUACAUGCCUUCCAGCAUAUUUUCUGACAGUGCUAAGCAGAUUUUCAGACAGCCUGGGCAUACUAUUUAUCUACUGCCAACAGUGGUAAUCUGUAACUUGCUACCCUGUGAACUCGAGUUCUAUGUUAAAGGAAUGCCAAUUAAUGGGACCUUAAAACCUGGCAAGGAGGCAGCAUUGCACACAGCUGAUACAUCCCAGAACAUAGAGCUUGGGAUAUUGCUAGAAAACUUCCCCAUCUGCAAAGAGCUGCUGAUACCUCCUGGGACACAGAACUACAUGGUGCGGAUGCGGCUGUACGAUGGCAACAAACGACUGCUCAACUUGACCAUCAGGAUUGUGUGUCGUGCUGAAGGGGCUCUGAAAAUACUAAUUUCAGCACCAUAUUGGUUAAUCAACAAAACAGGAUUGCCUCUUAUCUUCAGACAAGAUAAUGCAAAAACAGAUGCUGCAGGUCAGUUUGAAGAGCAUGAACUUGCUAGAAGCCUCAGCCCUCUUCUGUUCUGCUACGCUGAUAAAGAACAGCCAAACUUUUGUACCAUGCGGGUUGGAAAAGGAAUUCAUCCUGAGGGCAUGCCUGGCUGGUGCCAGGGUUUCUCCCUGGAUGGGGGAAGUGGAGUCAGAGCCCUUAAAGUGAUCCAGCAUGGGAACAGGCCUGGCCUCAUUUAUAACAUUGGUAUUGAUGUUAAAAAAGGCAGAGGCCGAUACAUUGAUACCUGCAUGGUAACAUUUGCACCUCGUUACCUGUUAGACAAUAAAUCAUCCUACAAGCUUGCCUUUGUUCAGAGGGAGUUUGCCAGGGGUCGGGGAGCCUCCAACCCUGACGGCUACAUCUCCACACUGCCAGGCUCCAGUGUUGUGUUCCACUGGCCACGGAAUGACUAUGAUCAAUUGUUAUGUGUGAGACUAAUGGAUGUGCCAAACUGCAUUUGGUCUGGGGGCUUUGAGGUCAACAAGAACAACUCAUUUCAUAUUAAUAUGAGGGACACCCUUGGAAAGUGUUAUUUCUUAAGAGUGGAAAUCACCCUGCAGGGAGCCACGUACCGCAUCGCCUUCAGUGACACCGAGCAGCUGCCGCCGCCCUUCCGCAUAGACAACUUUUCCAAGGUCCCAAUUGUUUUUAAUCAGCAUGGUGUUGUUGAGCCACGACUGUACACUGAAGUGAAGCCCAUGACCUCUCUGGAUUAUGCCUGGGAUGAACCUAUUCUGCCACCUUUUAUAAUGCUGACAGUUAAAGGGGCUGGCUCCUCAGAAAUUGUCUGCAGCAUGAAUGACUUCCAGGAUAGCAAGCAGCUUUACUAUGAAAACUUCAUUUAUAUUGCUGCUACGUAUACUUUCUCAGGUUUACAGGAGCCAAGUGCAAGACCAGUUGCUUCGAAUAAGGAUGCUGCAUAUGCAGAGCUUGUCCUUGAUGUUUCUCCAAAGACUCAACGAGUUGUACUGAAAAAGAAGGAGCCAGGAAAACGAUCCCAGCUAUGGAGAAUGACUGGCACAGGAAUGCUUUGCCAUGAAGGUUCCUCAGUUCCUCACAACCCCCAGAAAUCUUCUCCUCGAUCUGUGGACUCUUGUAUGAUCUUAGACAUUGCAGGUCUGGCAGCUGUCACAGAUAACAGGUACGAGCCCCUGAUGCUGCGGAAACCUGACCGGCGGCGCAGCACUACCCAGACCUGGAGCUUUUGUGAUGGAAAGUUGACCUGUGGUAUUCAUGGACUUGUUGUCCAGGCAAAGGGGGGAAUCCUAGGUCUUCAUGAUGGAGCAGAAGUUGUUCUUGGUCCUGAUACUUCACUUGAACUUCUAGGGCCAAUUCCACCUGAACAGCAGUUCAUAAACCAGAAGAUGAGGCCUGGGUCAGGAGUACUAGCUGUUAAAGUCAUCCCAGAUGGGCCAACUAGAGUUCUACAGAUAACAGAUUUUAACCAGCGCAGGAACGAUCGUUUGUCCAGUGAAGGAGAAGAACUCCCAGUGACAGAACAAGAUCUACGCAAGUUCAAAAACCCAGACACAGAGCAGGAAUUAGAAGUGCUUGUGAAACUGGAAGGUGGAGUGGGAUUGUCUUUGGUCAACAAAGUUCCUGAAGAGCUGGUGUUUGCAAGCCUCACAGGAAUUAAUGUCCACUACACACAACUGUCCACAAGUCAGGUGUUAGAGCUCAGUGUGCAAGACAUACAGGUGGACAACCAGCUUAUUGGCACCACACGGCCUUUUAUGCUCUUUCUGACACCAAAGAUGAGUGAAAAUGAACCUGUGGAGACUGGUCCUGCAGUGCAAGUAAAUGCAAUGAAAUUUCCCAGUAAAAAUGCACUGACUGAUAUAUACAAGCAUCUGAUGAUCACUGCUCGAAAGUUCACAGUUCAAAUUGAGGAGAAACUACUUCUGAAGCUAUUGAGUUUCUUUGGCUAUGAUCAGGCUGAAUCAGAAGUUGAAACAUAUGAUGAAAACCUCCAUGAAAAGGUGGUUGAACAGGGUGGAGGACAAAAGAGAUACUACUUUGAAAACCUGAAAAUCAGUGUGCCUCAAAUAAAGCUGAGUGUCUUCACUUCCAACAAGCUGCCUUUGGAUCUCAAGGCACUGAAAAGCACACUGGGAUUUCCUCUGAUCCGAUUUGAAGAUGCUGUGAUUAAUCUGGAUCCUUUCACUAGGGUCCAUCCAUAUGAAACUCAGGAGUUUAUCAUUAAUGACAUUCUGAAACACUUUCAAGAGGAGCUGCUUAGUCAAGCAGCAAGGAUUUUGGGUUCUGUGGAUUUCCUUGGCAACCCUAUGGGUCUGUUGAAUGAUGUUUCAGUAGGUGUUACUGGACUCCUGAAGUAUGGCAAUGUUGGUGGUCUCAUCAGAAACGUCACACAUGGAGUAUCAAACUCUGCUGCAAAGUUUGCUGGGACCUUGUCAGAUGGUUUGGGGAAGACGAUGGACAACAGGCACCAGACGGAGCGGGAGUACAUCCGGUACCACGCUGCAACAAGUGGAGAACACCUGGUAGCUGGGAUCCAGGGACUUGCACAUGGUAUCAUUGGAGGAUUGACAAGUGUAAUAACUUCAACUGUUGAAGGUGUGAAAACUGAAGGAGGUGUCAGUGGUUUCAUCUCAGGCCUGGGGAAAGGGCUGGUUGGCACAGUAACCAAACCUGUGGCUGGAGCUCUGGAUUUUGCAUCAGAAACUGCACAGGCAGUGAGGGACACUGCAACUCUGAGUGGCCCCAGGACACAAGCAGAGAGGGUGAGAAAGCCACGGUGCUGUAGGGGACCUCAGGGGCUCCUGCCCCGCUAUGUAGAAAGUCAAGCAGAAGGACAAGAACAGCUCUUCAGGCUGACUGACAACAUCCAAGAUGAGUUCUUCAUAGCAGUGGAGAACAUAGACAGCUAUUGUGUUCUCAUUUCCUCUAAAGCAGUUUAUUUCCUGAAGAGUGGUGAUAACACAGACCGGGAGGCUAUCUUCCUGGAAGUCAAGUAUGAUGAUCUCUACCACUGCCUUGUUUCAAAAGACCACGGGAACGUCUAUAUACAGUUGACAAAGAAAGCUGUUAACACAAGUAGUGGUGUUGCCAUGCCAGGCCCAUCACAACAAAAGCCAAAGGUGAAAGUGAAAUCUGAAGUUCUUGCAGUAAAGCUAUGUCAAGAAAUAAACUAUGCAAAGAGCCUUUACUAUGAACAACAGCUUAUGUUAAGACUCAGUGAAAACCAAGAACAAUUAGAACUGGACUCUUGAAACCUCUUCCUUACUGCCAGAGUGAACUGCAAGUAUCAGUCUGGAGCCAAUGGUAUUCUGAAAGUAGAGAAAGUACUACCUGGGAAGGACAGAAAUAUUAUUUAGUAAUUGGCUAAAUGGAAUCAUUGAGCAUAAGAAGCCAAGGGAGGUGGGGUUUUGGAGAUGAGGUUUUGUUUGUUUUGGGUUUUUUUUUUUAAAGCAUUAGUUGUGUAACAAAGAUACAGCUGAAUUGUAUUUGGUUCUGGGAGAUACCCUGUAUUUUGCUAUCAUGUAUAUAUGUAAAAGUAUUUCAUGUAAAUAAGAAAGUACAGACCAGGGUGUUGGUAUAAACAGAAGUCUGUUUACUGUGUAAAGAAAUUAAAGAAGCUAUACUGAGUCCUACUGCACUACCUGAAACUAUACAUUCUCUCUCUUUUCUUGAGAAAGCUGAUAUUCACAGUGCAGGAAUGUAGAUAAACAUUUAAAAAAUACAAUAAAAAUAAGAGUUAACUGCAGCUGUUGGAGCACAGACAUUCUGUAGUUUGGAGCUUCAGCACUGUGAGUAGGAUGCACUGUUUGGAGUUACCUUUUGGUGUUUUCUUAAAUCACCAGUACAGCUAAAUGCACAUUUACCUCAUGUUCCACUGAGAUUUCAUCCUUGUUUAAAAAAAAAUAAUAAUUGCAUUUACUAAAUACUGCAUUGAGGCCUCACUAAUUCAAUUACAUUUUCAAAGUAUUAAAAAAUAAGAAGCUGACUCUGUUCUGAAUAAAAACACUCAGACCUACUCAAGUCUGCAGCUCUGAAGGCUCCUGCUGCUAAGUUGUUUUUAAAAUAGUUCCACUGAACAGCCUUGGAAACUGAAAUCUUCAGGUUUUUUCCUACAGUUGGAUGGAGUAAGUGUAUGCAGGGGUCAGUGUGGAAUUCUGCUAGCACUCGGGGUUGGGGGGAAGAGGAAAUCACUGGUCUUCAUGACAACCUCUUCAAAAAUUAAACUUUUUGAAAUAAAAUUAAUAUGCUUUUUCAAAUAC